AACCCGAUAUCCCUUUUCAACGAACCUGCGGAAUACCAGACCGCUAACAUUUCGGAUACGACAGGAAACAAAAUACGCGAUCGCCGCCGUAUCGACGCCGAAAAAUAAAAAAUUCGCCGGCGAAUCGUCAGAAAAAGUUUCAUUCGUCGGCCAUGGAAGCGCAUCACGCGUCUCUAGGUCGACGAACGUUGGAAGAGAUUCGCCAGAAGAGAGCGGCCGAGAGAUUGCAGAAGGCGUCGUCGGGUUCGGAAUCGGAAUUUUUGAAUAAUUUUGGAGGGAAUAGAUCUGACAGUGGGAGUCGAAUUGGAGAGAGAGAUACAUAUGUGUUGCAAUCUCGAAUUAAAGAGCUUGAAAGUAGAAAUGCAGAACUGGAAAAGGAGAACCAUUUUCUAUUGUCUCAGCUUAAAGAAAAGGAAGUUGAGAAUGAUUCAUUGUUGAAGCGUCUAAAUGAUUUGGAACAUAAUAGUUUGCCUUCCUUGAGGAAAGCUUUGAAUGAUGUCUCACUUGAAAAAGAUGCCGCAACUGUUGCAAAGGAGGAUGCUUUAUCUCAACUUCGGACAAUUAAAAAACGGUUAAAGGAGGCAGAAGAAGAACAAUACAGAGCUGAGGAGGAUGCUGCAGCCUUGAGAGCAGAGUUAAAUUCUCUGCAACAACAGAACUUGGGAAAUCCAUAUGGCAACAUCUCCACAAGUAACUUGGAGGAACAGGUUCUUGCUAUGGAGAAGGAAAUAAUGAAUUUGAAGUCAGAGUUACAGCAAGAGUCUACAUUGAGACAACACGGGCAGCAUAAACUAAUCGAGGAGCAGGUCCGGGCCUCAUCUCUUGCAGCUGAAAAACAAGAUCUUGAAGAUAAACUAUUAGCUUUGUCCAAAAAGGUCUCAGAUGAGGAAUCAGAAGCAGCUUCUCACAAGGCAUUUUCAUUGGAAAGUAAGGCAAAACUUGAAGAACAGUUGCAUGAUAUGGCACUGAUGGUUGAAAGACUUGAGAGUGGUAGACAAAAGCUCUUAAUGGAGAUUGAUUCACAGUCUUCAGAGAUAGAAAGGUUAUUUGAAGAGAACUCCAGUUUGUUGUCUUCUUAUCAAGAUGCUAUGGGGGUUGCAGUGCAGUGGGAGAACCAGGUGAAGGACUGCUUGAAACAGAAUGAAGAGCUCCGCAGCUUGCUAGAUAAAUUGAGAUCUCAACAUGUUAAUUCACUGCGAUCAAGUGCUAGCAAUGCACAACUACAUGUGGAAGCUGACCAGAAUGUUGGAAAUGUCUCUGGCCCUGCAGAAGUUGUAGCUGAAAACCUCUUGCUUAAGGAUCAACUUGCUAAAGAGCAGACACGAGCGGAGGCAUUGGCAGCAGAGAUCAUGAAGCUUUCAGCUGAGCUCAAACAUGCUACUCGCUCAUACAACAACCUCACACGCCUCUACAGGCCCAUACUUCGGAAUAUCGAGAACAACCUUAUGAAAAUGAAACAAGAAAGCUACAUCACAGUUCAGUGAUUAUGUUUUUCGAGCAGCAUAGGUUUAUGUGCAUCUGGAGAAGAGAACAGAGAGAUUGUGUGUACAACAUCAGCUAUACUGUGACGAACUGCAACAACAGCUAUACUUCGGCUCAAACUGCAGUUAUGAGCAUGAUAUCCAAUGUAAACAACAUCAAAAUGCAACCCCAAAAAAAGAAAAGAAAAAAAAAAGAUUUCAUUUCAGCCUCUUUAUCUCGAAUGUGCUACUUGAGAUGUUACUUUCUGUGAAUGUGCUUAUUAACUUGUUGCGGCUUUCUCUUCAAGAUGUUAUGUCAUGCAAUAUUUGAUAUAGUAUUCGGCGAUAGUGAAUUUGGA